CACAAUAAAUCUAUAGAGCAACGGAAAAACCCUACCGCGCCCGGGGAUCUACAAUUGAAAUGGGCGGACGUCAAGCUUCUCCUCCAUAUUAGAUUCAAGAUUCAAGAAAAGAGAAGUUUUAAAAAAAGGAAAAUAAGAGAAGCAGUGAUUUGAAGGGAACAUGGCUACUCCAGAUGUCAUGCUUCCCCAGAUUGCGAUAAUUGGUGCGGGUAUCUUUGUGCGCACACAAUAUAUUCCUAGGCUAAGGGAGAUAGCUGAUCAUGUGAUUAUUAAAGCAAUUUGGAGUCGUAGCGAGGAAUCUGCAAAAGCUGCUGUGGAACUUGCACGUGAUUUUGCGCCAAAAGUUGAAUGUAAAUGGGGUGACUCAGGCCUUGAAGAUAUUAUUCAGGAUAGUUCGAUAAAAGGAGUUGCAGUCGUCCUUGCUGGGCAAGUUCAGGUUGAUAUUUCCCUGAAAUUGUUAAGGAUGGGAAAGCAUGUAAUUCAAGAGAAACCUGCUGCUGAAUCAACUAUUGAGGCAGACACUGCACUGUCGUGUUAUAAAUCUUUGUGCGACCAUUUCCCCAGCCAACCAAUUUGGGCUGUUGCAGAAAAUUACCGCUUUGAACCUGCAUUUGUGGAGGCCAGAAAAUUAGUAAAUGAAAUUGGUGAUAUGAUAAACAUCCAAGUUAUUGUCGAAGGAUCAAUGAAUAGUUCAAACCCUUACUUCUCUAGCUCUUGGAGGCGAAAAUUUGCUGGUGGUUUUAUUCUAGAUAUGGGUGUACACUUCAUUGCCGGAUUGAGAAUGAUUGUUGGAUGUGAGAUUACCACAGUAUCUGCUAUUGCCCGUCAUGUGGAUAUGGCUCUGCCGCCUCCUGAUAAUAUAUGUGCCCUUUUCCAAGUGGAAAAUGGCUGCGCUGGGGUGUUUGUCAUGGUAGUAUCCUCAGCAUCACCCAAGAUCUAUUGGCGAGUUGAUGGAUCAAAUGGAACACUUCAAAUUGAGCGUGGGAGUGAUAAUGGGCAGCAUGGCUACAUGGUUCUGUUAUAUAAGGCUGAUGGACAUUGUCAAAGAACCUUCCAUCCAUUCUCUGGAGUGAAUGAAGAAUUGAAGGCUUUUGUUCAGGACAUUACGCAAGCUACUAGUAAGGAAGGCGUUGCUGGCCAGAAAGCUGAACCACGCAGUUCUUAUGUUGAAGGUGCCCGAGAUGUCGCUGUUUUAGAAGCCAUGCUUGAAUCAAGCAGAAAGCAAGGAGCUCAGGUCCAUGUGAAAAAAUUCUAGGCAACAUCAUCGUGUGCAGCAGGAAAUUCUCAUGGGGUUUCAGAGUUCCGGUAUUCUGCAUAAUACUGCAAAAAACUAGAAGCCUGAGAUAGAGGGAUGAGGCUGUUGGCGAUAAAAAGAAUUCGCAAAUUGCUCUGGCAUAUUGGUUGAAAUUUCAAUGCAGUUGAGAAGAAAUAUAAGUUGAGUUGGUGCCAACUGACUGGAUUGGGAAGUCACUGAGGAUUGGUACCAGGGAACUGGGUCAAAUCCUGCUUAUUUGCUAAAAAAUUAACAUUUGGUCUUUUAUACUUCUGUUUGCUACAGUGAGCUGAAUUUCUUGUGUCAACAUAUGCAGCAGAAGUCCCUUUUUCCCCUUUGUUUCCUUUGUAGGUACAUGAGUUUUUAUUGGUGAAAAAUAUUCUGUUGAAAAGAAUUAUUCAUUCUACGGAAGACGGGGAUUAGAUUGAAACAA